GAAGACUCCCAAUUACCCCCGCCUUCAUAUAGUGGCUGGUCUUCCCAAAUCACAGCGACGAUGCUUCAUUCAACUGAAACACUUCCUACCCUGUCAUGGCCAGAUACGCCACGAAGGACAGCUCCGAGCGCCGCGCUCUACUCUUAUGGGCUAUCGUAGAGAUUGUGGCUUUCUCGUUCAGCGCAGAUGUCCAGCGCCUCAAAUUAGCAACGCUGAAGACUGGUCCAGAGCGGCCUAAAAUACUGCCAGUCGACGAUAUAUCAUCCGCCUGGAACGAGCUAGGAAGACCGCUAAUCGCUAAGAUAUGUUCUCUCGUUCGUACCGUCGAUAACAAGAUGACCCAGAAUCGCUGGCUCUUGAUACAUCCAAGGGACAAGGGUCUUGUAAAAAAGUUGGUGCUAGAGCCGGUCGAGGAGCUGGGCUUGGGCCUAGACUUUGUUCUCGAAAUAUUGGGCAGAUUCCAUCGUGGAUGGCGUUAUGCGAGGCCAGGAAGCACACUUUUAAUUCAUUGAAUGGAGUCACCGCGUGCGACGGAUCGAAGUAAUGUACUCGCAUGGUAUGCUUUGCUCCUCAGAAGUCUCUACCUAGUUGAAGAGCUAGAGCGCACUGUAGAGCAUUACAUAACGGCGUUUCAAAAAAAGAAUAAGUUAAAAGACCUAUUUACUCCAAAGGAACUGCAGGAGGAAGCGUUAAGACAGGGAGUAACCAGUUCCUAGACAUUGAGCGAGGACUAUAUGGCCCUGGCUAGGGGAUUGAGGACUUUG